AAAAAAAUGGAAGAAAAACAAAGCAACUGAAAAAGAAUCAGCUUUACAGUCCCAUUUGAAACCUCGUAGUCGUUUAUCUAUACCUGUGUUCACGAUUUACUCAAAAAUUAGCAGAAAUUUUUUAAGUCGACAAACCAGCCCACAUAUUUGUAGCAGUAAACAAAAAACUGUUUCAAAUGUUUAUGGUCAUAAUAUUUAUGAUUGGAAAUCGUUGCUUAAUAAUUACGAAAACGGUGAUAAAUUUGUAGAUUUCCCAUUACAACUGUUGAUAAUUUGGUUAAUAAUGUUUAGAUUAUUAGAAUAUUUUCCAUAUGGAUACAACGAAACUAUAAAGUCACAUGAUUGCUUGAGGCAUACUCUCAAUCAAGCUCUCAAUAAUGUAAAGAUUUAUUG